AUGUCAUCAAAAUUAAACAUCCUAGUGCCUGUUAAAAGAGUCAUUGAUUUCGCAAUCAAACCAAGAAUCAAUAAGACUAAUACUGGUAUUGAAAAAACAGGUGUGAAAUUUAGUAUCAAUCCAUUUUGUGAUAUUGCUGUAACAAAAGGUGCUGAUUCUUCAACUUUAGUUGAUGUUGGUGAAGAAGAAAUUGAACCUUUAUCAGUUGCCAAAAUCUUAAAACAAGUUGUUGAAAAAAAUCAAUCAAAUUUAGUUAUCUUGGGUAAACAAGCUAUUGAUGAUGAUUCAAAUCAUACUGGUCAAAUGCUUGCAGGUCUUUUAAAUUGGCCACAAGCUACUAAUGCUGCUAAAGUCGAGAUCAAAAAUGAUGAAGUUUUCGUUACAAGAGAAAUUGAUGGAGGUGAAGAAACUGUUAAAUCAAAAUUACCAUUAAUUAUAACUACAGAUUUAAGAUUAAAUGAACCUCGUUAUGCAACUUUACCAAAUAUGAUGAAAGCUAAAAAGAAACCAUUAGAAAAAUUAAAAUUAUCUGAUUUUGAUGUUGAUGUUACAAAACGUAUUGAAGUUUUAAAAGUUGAAGAACCACCUGUUCGUAAUGCUGGUAUUAAAGUUGGUAAUGUUGAUGAAUUAGUCUCUAAAUUAAAAGAUUUAAAAGCUAUUUAA